AUGACCACACACACCAGCUGGUCCAAGUUCACCCACACCGCAGGUCGGUCCAGGGGGGCAACCCACCUGACCACCAGGCACGGUCCGGGGCACCCACCACAGCAGGCAUGGUCCAGGGUACCUACCACAGCAGGGGUACGGUCCAGGGGCACCACCUACAGCAGGACGGUCCAGGGCACUCUACCAAAGCAGGCACGGUCCAGGGGUACCUACUCACAGCAGGCACGGUCCGGGGUACCUACUCACACCAGCAUUCGUCCAGUACCUACCACACCAGGUAACGGUCCAGGGUACUCACCACAGCAGGCACGGUCCGGGGUACCCCACCGCACACCAGGCACGGUCCGGGGGUACCACUCCCAACCAGGACGGUCCAGGGGUACGUACCCACAGCAGUACGGUCCGGACCCACCACACCAGGCACGGUCCGGGGGGCACCCACCACACCAGGCACGGUCCAGGGGUACGUACCCACAGCAGGUACGGCCGGGGUACCCCCACACCAGGCACGUCCGGGUACCCCCCCAACACCAGGCACGGUCCAGGGUACCUACCACAGCAGGCACGGUCCGGGGUACCACCCACCACCAGGCACGGUCCAGGGCACGUACCACAGCAGGCACGGUCCGGGGGUACCUACCCACAGCAGGCACGGUCCGGCACCCACCCACACCAGGCACGGUCCAGGGGUACGUACCCACAGCAGGUGGGCGUCCGGGUACCCACCACAGCAGGCACGGUCCAGGGUACGUACCCACACCAGGCACGGCCUGGGCAUACCCACAGCAGGUACGGCCCAGGGGUACCCACUCACACCAGGCACGGUCCGGAACCACCCACACCAGGCACGGUCCGGGGGUACCUACCCACAGCAGGUACGGUCCAGGGGUACCCACUCCACAGCAGGUACGGUCCGGGGCACCCACCCACACCAGGCACGGUCCGGGGACACCACACCAGGCACGGUCCGGGGCACGCACCACAGCAGGCACGGUCCGGGGUACCACCAACCAGACGGUCCAGGGCACCACCACACCAGGCACGGUCCGGGGGGUACCACCACACCAGGCACGGUCCAGGGGUACCCACCCACAGCAGGCAUGGUCCAGGGUACCCACCCACAGCAGGCAUGUCCGGGGUACCACCACAGCAGGCAUGGUCCAGGGCACCUCCCACAGCAGGUGGCUGGUCCGGGGGUACCCACCACACCAGGUACGGUCCAGGGCACCCACCACACCAGGCACGGGUCCAGGGCACCACCCACAGCAGGCUGGUCCGGGGGUACCCACCCACAGCAGGUAA